AACUGUUCUUGAGAUCCCUUUUUUCCUCAACUGUUUGAUAUGCUUAAUUACUGUUAUUGAAUUUACGCUGACUUCUUAUUUCCCUUCCCCUGCCUCUAGGCCCUAUGAGAAAAAGGGAAAGCUAAGGAUGCUGGAGCAGAACAAUGGAUUUCUCUUUCUCUUUCAUGCAAGGGAUCAUGGGAAACACAAUUCAGCAACCACCUCAACUCAUUGACUCGGCCAACAUCCGCCAAGAGGAGGCCUUUGACGGCAGCAGUGACAUUGCCGAGGAUGGGGGCCGGACGCCGUACGAGGCCGCGCUGCAGCAAGGCUUCCAGUACCCCACACCCACGGCAGAGGAGCUGCCCCCCCUCACCAACGGGUACCCCCCUGCCAUCAGCAUGUACGAGCCCCAAGCCAAGUACCAGACGUACUCUCAGUAUCCCAACGGAUCGGCCAACGGCUUCGGGACGGGCAGGAACUUCAGCCCCCCGGAGUAUUACCAGCUGGAGAACUCCAACGCCAGGCCGCACGAAGUUGUGGAGAAACCUUCCCCUCCCCAGCCGCCGCCUCCGCCACCACCUUCAGCUCCACAAGCGGGGAUUCCAAAGAAGACUGGCUCACCAGAGAUCAAACUGAAAAUAACCAAAACUAUCCAGAACGGCAGGGAAUUGUUUGAGUCCUCCCUGUGUGGGGACCUGUUGAAUGAAGUCCAAGCGAGGGAGUACGCUAAGGCAAAACAUGAAGGGAGGAAAGAGAAAAGGAAAAAAAGUAGCAAGCAUGACUCUUCCCGAUCGGAAGAGCGCAAGUCACACAAAAUUCCAAAAUUAGAACCAGAGGAGCAAAAUAGACCAAACGAGAGGCUUAGCACACUCUCUGAGAGACCAAGAGAAGAUGCAGUGCUGGAGGAAGCCCCGGUCCAGCAGCUCGUGCCGUCCCUUCCAACGCAGGUCACCCACGACGUCAAGUUCCAGGUUGGGGAUCUGGUUUGGUCCAAGGUGGGGACGUACCCGUGGUGGCCUUGCAUGGUGUCGUGUGAUCCACAGCUUGACGUGCAUACCAAAAUUAAUACAAGAGGUGCCCGGGAAUACCACGUGCAGUUCUUCAGCAACCAGCCAGAGCGGGCCUGGGUGCACGAGAAGCGCGUCCGGGAGUACCAAGGGCACAAACAGUACGAGCAGUUACUGGCUGAGGCAGCCAAGCAAGCCAGCAACCACUCUGAGAAACAGAAGAUUCGCAAGCCGCGGCCGCAGAGGGAGCGAGCGCAGUGGGACAUUGGCAUUGCCCACGCCGAGAAGGCGCUGAAAAUGACCCGGGAAGAGAGGAUAGAGCAGUACACCUUCAUUUACGUAGACCAAGAGCCAGAAGAGGCUUUGGCCAAAGCCAAAAAGACUGCUGCUUCCAAAUCGGAGGCCAAGAAGAACCGGCGGCCGAAGGCGGCGCCGAGCUCGCAGCCGGAGCACGCCGGCGUGGCGGCAGGCUCGUCGCCUUGCCACGGCGAGCGCCGGCAGGGCCAGCGCCGGCACUCCAGCCCGGAGGAGGAGGAGGCUCCACCCGUGAAAAUCGCCUGGAAAACAGCUGCAGCUAGGAAAUCCCUACCAGCUUCCAUCACCAUGCACAACCUGGAUCUGCAAAAGUGUAACAUGUCUCCGGUUGUUAAAAUUGAACAGGUUUUUGCCCUUCAGAAUGCUGCCGGGGAUGGAAAGCUCAUCGAUCAAUUUGUUUAUUCCACCAAGGGAGUUGGCAACAAAACAGAAAUAAGUGUCAAAGGACAAGAGAAAGUUAAUUCUUCGUCAGCUCAGAGAAGUGAGAAAGCAGUGGUGCAAAACGCGUCCUCUCCUGAGACAACUUCUGGGGCAGCAGGUUCUGUAGAAAAGAAGCAACAGAGAAGAUCGAUUCGAACCCGCUCCGAGUCUGAGAAAUCCACCGAAGUUGUGCCAAAGAAGAAGAUCAAAAAGGAGCAGGUUGAAGCUGUCCCACUGGCAGCAGUGAAGACGGGGUUGCAGAAAGGUGCCAGUGAGAUUUCAGACUCCUGUAAACCCUUAAAGAAGAGAAGUCGUGCCUCCACAGACAUGGAACUGACCAGCUCAGCCUACAGGGACACGUCUGACUCUGACUCCAGAGGACUCAAUGAUUUGCAGGGCAGUUUUGGGAAGCGUUCAGACAGCCCCUCAGCCACUGCUGAUGCUGAUGCCUCAGAUGUGCAGUCUGUGGACUCCAGCUUAUCCAGGAGAGGAACUGGAACAAGUAAAAAAGACACUGUUUGUCAGAUCUGUGAGAGCUCUGGCGAGUCGCUGCUGGCCUGCGAGGGCGAGUGCUGCAGCAUGUUCCACCUGGAGUGUCUCGGCCUGAAGGCCAUGCCUGAGGAAAAGUUCAUCUGCACCGAGUGUAAGAACGGAGAGCACACGUGCUUUUCCUGCAAGCUGCCUGGCAAGGACGUGAAGCGCUGCUCCGUCAGCACCUGCGGGAAGUUCUACCACGAGGCGUGCGUGCGCAAGUUCGCCACGGCGCUGUUCGAGUCGCGCGGCUUCCGCUGCCCGCAGCACUGCUGCACCGCCUGCUCCAUGGACAAGGACAUGCACAAAGCCAGCAAAGGUCGCAUGGCGAGAUGUCUGCGCUGCCCCGUGGCCUAUCACUCUGGAGACGGCUGCAUUGCUGCAGGAAGCUUGUUUGUGUCAUCCCACAUCCUCAUCUGUAGUAACCAUUCCAAAAGGACUCACUCCUCAUCAGCUGUAAAUGUAGGCUUUUGUUUCGUUUGUGCAAGAGGGCUGGUAGUGCAGGACCAUUCAGACCCCCUGUUCAGUUCCUAUGCCUAUAAGUCCCACUACCUACUGAAUGAGUCAAAUCGUGCUGAGUUGAUGAAAUUACCUAUGAUUCCUCCUCCUUCGUCAGCUUCCAAAAAGAAAUGUGAGAAAGGUGGCAAACUGUUGUGCUGUGAGUCGUGCCCAGCUUCCUUCCACCCCGAGUGUCUCAGCAUAGAAAUGCCUGAGGGAUGCUGGAAUUGCAAUGACUGUAAAGCUGGCAAGAAGCUGCGGUACAAGCAGAUCGUUUGGGUCAAGCUUGGGAAUUACAGGUGGUGGCCAGCAGAGAUCUGCAAUCCCAGGUCUGUGCCUCUCAACAUACAGGGCCUCAAACAUGAUAUCGGGGACUUCCCAGUAUUUUUCUUUGGUUCACAUGACUACUAUUGGGUACACCAGGGCAGAGUUUUCCCUUAUGUUGAAGGAGAUAAAAGCUUUGCUGAGGGGCAAACUAGUAUUAACAAGACCUUCAAGAAAGCACUUGAAGAAGCAGCAAAGCGUUUCCAGGAACUGAAAGCACAAAGAGAAAGCAAAGAGGCAUUGGAAAUUGAAAGGAAUUCAAGGAAGCCUCCACCCUAUAAACACAUUAAAUCCAACAAGGUGAUCGGGAAGGUGCAGAUCCAGGUGGCCGACCUGUCGGAGAUCCCACGCUGUAACUGCAAGCCUUCGGACGAGAACCCGUGCGGGCUGGAGUCCGAGUGCCUCAACAGGAUGCUGCAGUACGAGUGCCACCCGCAGGUGUGCCCGGCUGGGGAGCGCUGCCAGAACCAGUGCUUCACCAAGAGGCUCUACCCCGACGCCGAGAUCAUCAAAACCGAGCGCCGCGGCUGGGGCCUCCGCACCAAGAGGAGCAUCAAAAAGGGUGAAUUUGUGAAUGAAUAUGUUGGGGAGCUGAUUGAUGAGGAGGAGUGCCGGCUGCGGAUCAAACGUGCUCACGAGAACAGCGUCACCAACUUUUAUAUGCUAACUGUAACCAAGGACCGAAUAAUAGAUGCUGGCCCAAAGGGGAACUACUCUCGUUUUAUGAACCAUAGUUGUAACCCAAACUGUGAAACACAGAAGUGGACAGUGAAUGGUGACAUUAGAGUUGGACUGUUUGCUCUUUGUGACAUUCCUGCAGGAAUGGAGUUAACAUUCAAUUACAACCUGGAUUGCCUGGGCAAUGGCAGGACCGAGUGUCACUGCGGAGCAGAGAACUGCAGCGGCUUCCUGGGAGUGCGGCCCAAGACAGCAUUUGCAACGGCAAAUGAAGAGAAGGUGAAAAAUGCAAAACUAAAGCAGAAGAAACGGAAAAUAAAAACAGAACAGAAGCAGAUGCAUGAAGAUAACUGUUUCCAGUGUGGAGAUGGGGGAGAGCUGGUCAUGUGUGAUAAGAAGGACUGUCCCAAAGCAUACCACCUCCUAUGCCUUAACCUGACUCAACCACCUUUUGGAAAGUGGGAAUGUCCGUGGCAUCAGUGUGACAUCUGUAGCAAUCCUGCCGUGUCCUUCUGUGAGUUUUGCCCCCACUCCUUCUGCAAGGAUCACGAGAAGGGAGCGCUGGUGCCGUCGGCGCUGGACGGCCGCCUCUGCUGCUCCGCGCACGACCCCAAAUCUCCUGUGGCACCCGAGUACUGGAGCAAGAUCAAGUGCAAAUUGGAAGCACAGAAUGCUGUGGAAGAGGCAAAGGAGUGAAUUUGGUUAAAAACAAACACGGGAGGGGAGAAGAGGGGCAGCAGGCGAUGAACUCAGAGGUUGCAGUGCCACGCUCGGCUUUGUCCUCGGAGCCGGCGCGUGUGAGCUGGAAUGGGACCAUUGACCUGAGCGAGAAGGACCAGGCAGUGGUGUUUGGUUUUUAUUGUUUGGUCUUUCUUUUACCCUUGAAUGUGCUACAGCAGCUCUUACUGUUGGAAACCAGGAGCGUCUUGGCCUUUGAAGAAAACCGUAAACCUUUUGACAGUGAAAAGAAUAUUCUGUUUAAAAUAAUGUUCUUUGAGUGUAGAAAGCAAAGCAUAGCCACAUAUUUAUUUAUUUAAUUUUGAAAGGGUGUUGAAGAUCUGGCUUUGAUCAGUCAUCGUGUCUUUAAAAACAAAACAGCGAAGCCAACGUAA